AUGAGUUACCAACUGCCGACGUUCGAAGACGAGAAAGAUAAGUGGAACGCUUAUCUGGUUCGAGUAGAGGCCUACUUUGAGGGAAAUAAUGUGACAGGUGAGUCACAGAAGGGAGCGUUGCUAGUGUCUGCGUUAGGCACACGGGCUAUUGAAGUUUUGAGCGGAAGAGUAGCACCUAGGAAGCCGAACACACUUUCGUAUAGCGAGGUGGUGAACGCUCUGUACGCCUACUACAAUCCGACGCCGAAUGAACUUUCGGAAAGCUUCAGGUUUUUCAACCGUUCUCAGUUGGAGGGAGAGCCCAUUCAGACAUUUCUUGUUGAGAUCAGAAGGCUUGCAGAUAAUUGCAAUUUCUCGACAAUGCUGGAUCGGAUGCUCCGAGACAGGAUAGUCUGUGGAGUUAGGUCGAAGAACGUUCAAAAGGAGCUUCUAGCUCAUAAGGACCUCACACUGCAACAGGCAGAAGCAAUUGCAUUUGCAGCUGAGGCAGCGGAUAAUGACGCAAAGAACUUGUCGCGAGAACAGCCACCUGAUGGACUGCAUAGGCUUAAAGGCAAAAGAGACGCCGGCUCAAGUAAGAAGUUGGGCAAAGCAAGGGAAUGUAGACGUUGCGGUAGCUCGGAUCAUUCCGAAGAUAACUGCAAAUUUCGUGACGCCACGUGCUAUAAGUGUGGUUAG